AUGCCGCAAUCAGACUCCUCUAUCAAUGACUUACCAGACGAGAUACUAUCUCAUAUUCUCUCUUUUCUCCCAACCAGGCAUGCUUUCAAAACCAUCCUUCUUUCUAAGAAAUGGAUUCCUAUAUGCUACUCACUCUCAGUAUUACGCGUUGACGAUGGAAUCGUCAACAACGCAGACAACAGGAUUCACUUGCUUAGAUUCGUGGAGGAUUUUAUAUUCUCCCCACACUCUCAGCACAUUCCCCUCAAAGCUUUUGUUCUCCAUUGUCGUUUCCAAAUCUGGGAUGCCGAAACCGACCGUUCCACUUUCGACAAAUGUCUCCAAGCAGCUAAACUACGUCGCGUCCUUUAUCUCUAUUUAUACUUGUUAUACAUCCCUUUAGCGCCUACUAUUUUCUGCUUCAAAACACUUGUCGUCCUGACAUUAAUCAAAAUACGUCCAGACAGUUUGUUUGAUUGCUCUGUUGAUCUUCCUAUGCUCAAAAACCUCUAUCUGUGUGAUGUUCGUUUUCAUCAUAUGGAUGAUUUCAUGAAACUUCUCUCUGGGUGUCCUGAAUUGGAGAGAUUGACUAGCCUAUAUGUCAAAGCAAAUGACAUGGCUCCAGCAAGAGGGUAUGCUAAACCCUUGUCCAAGUUGAUUUUAUCCACUAUCCGUUUGUUCGAGGUUCCUUUUAAAGCUGUUUAUAAUGUCCAGCAUCUAAAUAUAUCAGGGUUGGGGAUUAAUCUUGUUAAUAAAGAAACCAAUUCAUAUUACAAAGACUUUCCGGUAUUUGAAAACUUAACAGUACUUAAUCUGGGUUGGAGUACUUAUACCCAAAUUCAUGAAUGGGAUGAGGUAGUCAAAAUGCUCCAAAGUUGUCCCAAACUUCAAUCUCUUUCCAUUUCAAAGGCAAAGAGUUCACCAACCAAAGAGGACUGGAAAUAUCCAUAUCAUGUUCCUCAAUGUCUUUUGACUCAGCUAAUAACAUGUAACAUUGAAGACUAUGAAGCUAUCGAAGCUGAUUUUCGAUUCGCAGCAUAUAUUUUGGAGAAUGCGAGACAUUUAGAGAAUAUGACCAUUUGCCGUAAUCCUCUCCCAAAACCAAUGGAGAGCCCCCAAUUUUUAAGUGAUUUAUCCUCUUGUUCAAGGAUCUCUCCUACAUGUAAGCUCUCAUUUUCUGAGAUAUAA